AUGAUGAAAUUUCUUUUUGCAGAAUGCGAUGAAAGAAACUCUUGUGAAGCAGGGCCACCUGGCUUACCAGGACGAUCAGGUGAGGACGGUAUUCCUGGAGAAGCAGGGCCAUCAGGAGGGCCGGGACUUCCAGGAAAUGCGGCACAAGUCACCACAGACACUAUUGCUGGAUGCCGCGUUUGUCCCAACGGCCCUUCUGGAUCGCCUGGUUCAAUCGGACCGGCAGGAAGUCAAGGAUGUCAAGGAAAGACUGGUAAGUUCGGCGUAAUUGGAAAGUCUGGUAUUUCUGGAAGGCCAGGGGUUCAAGGCUUGCAUGGUUCACGUGGAACAAAAGGAGAGCCAGGUAUGAUAGGGCCACAAGGCUCUACUGGAUAUGUGGGAGAUGAAGGACGUCAGGGAAGUGUGGGUCAGAAAGGACCACUGGGUCCUUCGGGUGAAGCAGGACCCUGCGGUCGUGAAGGCCAUGCGGGAUCCGUCGGUGUGCAAGGCUCAGUAGGAUCGGAUGCGGGAUACUGUCCAUGCCCUAUAACACCACGUGUAAUUGGCUACACCCAAACGAAAAUCAUUGUAACGACAACCGAAACUCCACAUCAAGAAUCACCCUCCCCUCAAACGGAUGCACCAAACGACCAUGCGAUGCCUCCAGGUCAGGAACCGCCUACUGAAGUGCUCCCCAGUACAGGAUACAACCGCUUGUGA